AUGACGUCUCACGAUAAAUUUGUUGUAAAGUCAGCUAUUGAAAUUAUUUUAAAUGAACUUAAAACACAUGUACCGAAUUUAAAACAAAUUGAUUUCUUUUCUGAUGGUGCAGCCUCACAAUUUAAGCAACGUUUUAUGUUUCGUAAUUUAAUUCAGAUUGCUCAUGAGUAUAAAAUAGCUUUAAGUUGGAAUUUCUUUGCUACAAGUCAUGGAAAAGGUGUUGCUGAUGGUCUUGGUGGGACUGUUAAGAGGCUCGUUUGGUCAGCAGCAUUGUCAGGUGAUAAUUGUAAAUCAGCGAAAGAUUUUGUUAAGUUAGCGCAACAGAAAACAAAGAAGAUAAUUAUAAUUGAAAUUACGAAAAAUGAUAUUGAUAAUUCAAAACUAAAACUAGAAAAUAUAUUUAAAAUAGCUAAAUCUUUACCAGAAACACCCAAAACACGUUCUGUGAAAGUAAUUGAUAAUAAAACUCUUGAAUGGAGAUAUUAUUCAUUAAGUUCAACAAAGAAAAUAAUUAAAUAUGACUAA